UGAAACUUGCCUAGCUCCUACCCCCAGGCCACCAAAGGCUUUCAUCCAACCCUUCGGACUGGUUGAACCGGAACACACACCCUAAAUUCGCCCUUUCGAAUUCCUCACUUGCUCGUUCGUCUCGCACCCCUUACACCGGUGUCUCUGUCGCUUUCUGCCUAUUCUAGGCGCCUUUCUUUUCGUCUCAACUAUUAUCUUGAUCUGGGAACAACCUAGUCUAAUGGGGCAAACUCAGAGUACCCCGCUCUCCCUUCUCCUGGCUAACUUUAAGGAUGUUUGGGCGAGAGGCAAUAACCUGAGCCUGGAUAUCCGGAGAUCAAGACUUAUCACUUUCUGUCACUCCGAAUGGCCAACCUUCGGAAUAGGAUGGCCCACCCAAGGCACUUUUUGCCUCCCCAUAAUUCUUAAGGUUAAGGUUCAGGUAUAUCUCCCAGGUAAAGAGGGACAUCCAGACCAAGUCCCUUACAUUACAGUCUGGCAGGAUCUUGUGGAACACCCCCCCCCUUGGUUGGCCCCCUUUCUGUUCCCAGAAAGCUGCAAGGUUCUCGCAGCCAGGCCGACAGAAGCACGAGGAUCUCGUGCCCCAUCUGCACCCCCUCCACCCGUCCUCCCUGAUAGUCAAGACUUACUUAGUCUACAUCCGCCCCCUUAUCAAACCCCUCCCCUAGCCUCUGCUCUGGCUGAGCUUUCUCCCCCUGUGCCUGCCCGGGCUGAAGCCGCCGCGGGGGGCCCUGAAGCAGAAGGUCGAGAAGCAAUUGCUGCAAGAGAUUGCCCCCCCCCACCGCCCCAUGCCGGUAAUCCCCGACUCCAAUAUUGGCCCUUCUCAACUAGUGAUCUCUACAACUGGAAAGCCCAAAAGGCGCGCUUUUUAGAUAAUCCAAAAGAUCUCAUAGCCCUUCUAGAUAGCAUCAUGUUCACCCAUCAGCCCACCUGGGAUGAUUGUCAGCAGCUCUUGCAUAUCCUAUUCACUACCGAAGAAAGAGAGAGAAUCCAGGUGGAAGCAAGGAAGCUGGUUCCCGGAGACGAUGGCAGGCCAACCGUGAAUCCAGACCUCAUCAAGGCGAGUUUCCCUUUAACUAGGCCCAACUGGGACUACAACACGGCGGAAGGUAGGGGACGGCUACUCAUUUAUCGCCAGACUCUAAUGGUGGGUCUCAGGGCUGCUGCCCGCAAGUCCACCAAUUUGGCCAAGGUAUAUGCAGUUUUGCAAGGUAAGACAGAGAGUCCAGCAGCAUUUCUAGAGAGAUUAAUGGAAGCCUUUAGGCAGUUUACCCCUAUGGAUCCUGAAGCCCCUGAGAAUCAGGCAGCAGUAGUCAUGUCUUUUGUAAAUCAGGCAGCAUCAGGCAUUAAAAAGAAACUACAGAAACUAGAGGACCUAGAGGGCAAACAGAUUCAAGAUCUACUCCGCACUGCAAAACGGGUUUAUAAUGCCAGAGAUACCCCGGAGGAUAAGCAACUCAAAGUAACAAAAGAAAUGUCCAAAGUCCUAACUGCCUUUGUCCAGGAAGAAUCAACCCCUCGAAGGGAACCUCAAAAGCCCCAAGGGUUCCAAAGCAAUCUGGACCCAGAUCAAUGUGCAUAUUGUAGAGAAAAGGGACAUUGGGCACGUAAUUGCCCCCCCAAAAAUAAGCGUAGACCGCAACCAUGGGGAACGAAACCCAGCCCCACUCUGGUUACCCGAGAUUCAGAAUAGAGGGGAAGGGGUUCGGAUCCCCUCCCCAAGCCCAGGGUAACCCUACAAGUGGAGGGGAAUCCUGUACAAUUUCUGGUUGAUACCGGAGCUCAACAUUCAGUGUUGACCAGACCCCAUGGAGAAGUUUCAGACAAAUUUUCCUGGGUCCAGGGAGCCACUGGGACUAAAAGGUACCCUUGGACAACUCAACGGACUGUUAACUUAGGUACAGGAGAAGUAACUCAUUCAUUCCUCAUCAUCCCUGAUAGCCCUUGCCCUCUGUUGGGAAGAGUCCCCAAGAUGGGAGCGCACAUUUAUUUUCAACCCAAUGGCCCCACGGUAACUAGCUCUAGCUCUCAGACCUUGCCAUUAUCAAUACUCACAAUGCGUUUGGAGGACGAACAUCUACUCCACCAAACCACCCCCCCUUCCCAGGAACUCAACAUUGAGUCCUGGCUUCACUGAUUCCCUAAAGCCUGGGCAGAAACAGGAGGCAUGGGGCUAGCUAGACAUCAGCCGGCCCUCUUCAUAGAGCUAAAGCCUGGGGCUGACCCCGUCCGAGUCAAACAGUACCCCAUGCCCAUGGAAGCCAAAUCGGGCAUCACCCCACAUAUUAGACAUCUCCUGGACUCAGGUGUGCUACGCCCCUGUCACUCGCCCUGGAACACACCUUUGUUACCGGUGCGUAAACCCAAUAGUGGGGACUACCGACCUGUACAAGACCUAAGGGAAGUUAAUAAAUGGGUUAUGGACAUACACCCUACUGUCCCUAACCCCUAUACUCUCCUCAGUGCCCUGGGGCCCACCAGAAUAUGGUACACAGUUCUUGACUUAAAAGAUGCUUUUUUUAGCUUGCCCUUGGCCCCCAAGAGCCAGGAUCUUUUUGCCUUUGAAUGGACAGACCCUGAGAGAGGUAUAAGUGGACAGUUGACAUGGACUCACCUCCCACAAGGGUUCAAAAACUUGCCCACCCUGUUUGAUGAGGCCCUCCACGAGGAUUUAAGUGAAUAUAGAAAGCAAAACCCUGAUAUAACACUCUUGCAAUAUGUAGAUGAUCUCUUAAUAGCUGCAGAUUCCCAACAGGCCUGCCUACAAGGAACUGAAAACCUCCUCCAGGCUCUUGGCGACCUGGGGUACCGGGCCUCAGCGAAAAAGGCCCAAAUUUGCAAGUCUGAGGUAAUGUACCUGGGAUACUUAUUGAAAGGGGGACAAAGAUGGCUCACCAACGCCCGCAAGAACACUGUACUCUGCAUUCCCCGACCUGCUACACCGCGGCAGGUAAGAGAAUUCUUGGGGAUGGCAGGGUACUGUCGAUUGUGGAUACCGGGCUUCGCUGAGAUGGCCAAACCCCUGUACAUAGCCUUUACUCAGCAGACCUUUGAGUGGACGGAAGAGGCAGAACGGGCUUUCCAACAAGUGAAAAAGGCUCUCCUUUCAGCCCCAGCGCUAAGACUGCCAGUUGUAUCCAAACCAUUCCACCUAUAUGUGGAUGAACAUAAUGGGGUGGCUAAGGCGGUGUUGACCCAACAUCUAGGCCCCUGGCCUAGACCCAUAGCAUACCUGUCAAAGAAACUAGACCCGGUAGCAGCAGGAUGGCCCCCCUGCCUCCGAAUGAUAGCAGCCACCGCCUUGAUGGUAAAGGACGCUGAUAAACUGUCACUGGGUCAAGAAUUACGAGUGACCACUCCACACGCCAUUGAAAGCGUCCCUGACCGAUGGAUGAGCAACGCUCACAUGGUCCACUACCAGGGACUAUUGCUCAAUCCUACGAGGAUAGUCUAUACUUCCCCUCAGGCCCUAAGCUCCGCAUCACUACUGCCUGACCCAGACCUGGAUGCUCCCCUCCGCUGUAUUGACAUCUUAGCCCAGGUCCAUGGGCUACAGGAAGACCUGCAGGACUAUCCCCUAACAGACGCUGAAGUCGUUUGGUUCACUGACGGCAGCAGUUUUGUCCCGGAAGGACAAAGGUAUGCAGGGGCCGCAGUCACAUCAGAUACGGACAUUAUCUGGGCUGGUGCAUUGCCUCUGGGCACCUCAGCGCAAAAAGCCGAGCUAAUCGCCCUGACACGGGCCCUCAAAUUAGGGCAGGGCCUCCGGAUGACUGUAUAUACAGACAGCUGAUAUGCCUUCGCCAUGGAUGUCCAUGGGGCAAUCUAUAGGGAGAGGGGAUUACUCACCGCGGAGGGAAAGGACAUCAAAAACAAGGGCGAAGUUCUGGCCUUACUAGCAGCCAUCUGGGCCCCUAAGAAAUUGGCCAUAGUCCACUGUUCUGGACACCAAAAACCAAGCGAUCCAGUCUCUAGGGGAAACAAUUUUGCUGAUCAGACUGCUCGCCAAGUAGCCUGUAGCAAAGUCCCGAUGCUACCAAUACAACUACCCAACCCGGGACCCCAAGAACUGCCACCUCAUCCGGAAUACUCCGAAAAAGACAUCGCAUGGAUGAGUAAACUCCCAAUGGCCCAGGUUAAGGAUGGCUGGUGGCGAGAUAUGAAAAAUAACAUCAUCCUCCCCGAGGCCAUGGGACAAGAAGUUCUAGAGCGAAUUCACCAAACAACUCAUUUAGGUUCCAGACGGCUACAGGACCUUAUGCGACAAUCCAAACUAUCUAUCAGAAACGUCCUUGAAAAAUCAAUUGCCACCGGAUGUGCAGCUUGCCAACUUCAAAACACCUGCCCACACUCCUCUAUAACCGGAUCCCAAGAGAGGGGAACCCUGCCGGGAGCCUAUUGGGAAAUAGACUUUACAGAGGUAAAGCCUGGGAAAUAUGGCUAUAAGUACUUACUGGUGUUUAUAGAUACCUUUUCAGGAUGGACUGAGGCUUUUCCAACCAAGCAUGAGACUGCACAGGUGGUAGCAAAGAAACUACUCGAAGAUAUUCUGCCCAGGUAUGGCUUUCCUGUUAUGAUGGGAUCAGACAAUGGGCCAGCCUUUGUCUCUAAGGUAAGUCAGGGUCUGGCUUCCACACUUGGGGUUAAUUGGAAAUUACAUUGUGCAUAUAGACCCCAGAGUUCAGGACAGGUAGAAAGAAUGAACAGAACCUUAAAAGAGACCCUUGCUAAAUUGACCAUGGAGACUGGCACUAACUGGGUGGCUCUGCUCCCCUACACUCUGUAUCGAGUACGCAACACCCCAUAUAAGCUGGGGUUCACACCUUAUGAGAUCAUGUAUGGUAGGCCUCCUCCCAUCAUACCUAAACUCAGAACUGACCUUAUCCAGUCAGAUCAUGAUAACUCCUUUUUAUUCUCCCUCCAAGCUUUACCACGAGUCCAUAAACGUAUUUGGCCAAGACUAAGGGACUUAUAUGCAACAGGACCUCCGUCUGUACCCCAUCAGUUCCACCCUGGAGAUUGGGUUCUUGUCAAGUGACACCGAGCUGAGACCCUCGAACCUCGUUGGAAGGGACCUUUCCAGGUUAUCCUGACUACCCCUACAGCCAUCAAGGUGGACAGCAUAGCAACCUGGAUACACCACACCCACGCGAAGCCAUUUGACCCACUGUCAGAUCUCAUCAGAAAACCCAACCAGGACGUCAGUUGGACAGUAGACCACAGUAAGGACAAUCCUCUUAAACUAACCCUGUGCCAAAAACCUGACUCCCGUUUCCCCAAUAAUUAA